AAGCGAUCAAAAGAAAAAAAAAUGGAGGUUGAUCAAAAAAUUGUUAUACCAGGUGAUGUAAUUGACGUUAAUACAGAAUCAACUAUUGUUUUGGGCCCUGGGUUAAGGCAAGAAGGAGACGAGGUUGUAGCAAUUAAAGCAGGCAUUUUAUGUCAUUUAGAAGCAGGCAAUCGUUACUGGGUUGAAAGUAAUCAAAAAAGAUAUAUUGCAUCAACAGGUGAAUCAGUGAUUGGUACCGUUAUUGCCAAAAUGGGAGAAUAUUUUCGUUUAGAUAUAGGAACUGCUCAUUCAGCAGUGUUACCUGUGUUAGCAUUUGAAGGAGCAACGAAACGUAAUAGACCUAACUUGGCUCUUCAUUCACUUGUUUAUUGUAGAGUUUCGAUGGCUAAUCCAGAUAUGGAGCCAGAACUUGAAUGUAUUAAUCCUAAAAACGGUAAAGCAGAUGGUUUUGGUGAACUUACUGGAGGAUAUGUUUUUAAAUGUUCACUUGGACUUUGUCGAAGAUUAUUGAAUCCCAAUACACCUAUUCUGACGUUACUAGGUGAACAUUUUCCUUUCGAAAUAGCAGUUGGUAUGAAUGGACGUGUUUGGAUUAAAGCAGAGGAAGUGAAAACGACCAUCUUGAUUUCAAAUGCUAUACAAAACUCUGAAUAUUUAAGUGCUGAAGAAUGUAGACAAAUGGUAGAAGGACUUGUUAAUAAACUAUAAUACUUUAUUUUUAUUGUACAUUAAAAAAUAUGCGUUAUCUUCUAUUUUUUUUAUAUAUGAUGACUUUUAUGAAUAAUCAUGCAUUAAGGGAACUGAUCAUUCUAGUCCAGCUGCUUUGAGUUGAAGAUAGUGCAAAUCAACUAAAAAUUGAAAUCCAGAACUGAUUAGAUGAAUCUAAAAAAAAAAAAAAAAAAAAAA